CUAUCAGCAUAGCUGCACGAGGCAAUCACGCCGCCCGGCGGAGCCCAUUGGCCAGCCCGGAGGAAGCUCGUGCUGCGAUUGGCGAGCAGCCUCUCCCCCUCCCUCUUCCCCUUUCGUUCUCUCCUCCUCCCUUCGCCCGCCUCCCAGCUGCUUUUGCUGUAUGGAGUGUUUUGGUGUGUUUCCCUCUGUGUUUUGGCUGCUCGCCUCCCUCGGAGGAGGGAGGGCGGGAGGAGGUAGGUGGGAGGCAGGCAAGCAAGCAAGCAGGCGGAGGAGGAGGAGGCGGUUCUGGCUGCAGCUCUUGCUGGCUUUGUCACAUCGCUGCUGCCUGCGGGAGCUUCCACCAUGCAUACCUCGCCCUGCGCCGAGGCGAUGGGAGAUGCCCCCGCGGUUGACAUUGUGGACAUCUAUGAAUCCAUACGUGAACGGCAGCGUCAUGACAGUGAAAGGUCUACUUGUAGCACCUUGGAACAGAACGACAUAGAAGCAGUAGAGGCACUUGUUUGUAUGAGCUCCUGGGGUCAAAGAUCACAGAAAGGCGACCUGUUGAAGAUAAGGCCUCUUACACCUGUCUCAGAUUCAGGUGAUUUCUCAAUGCACACUGAACCCACGUCUGAGUUGCCUAAGGAUUAUAACUUUUUAUCCACACUGUGUAUGACACCACCCUAUAGUCCAGAUUUUGUUGAGCCUUCCACAACAGCACCGCUUUCGUCCCAAGCCACUUACUCGAAACCGAGGACAAUCAAGACGAACAUGUCUGCCUGUCUGAUCACUCCUCCGGGUUGUGCUCUUCCUGCACCCAAGCCAGCUGCCCUGAAUUUGGGGAGGGAGUCCAGCCAGACGCCAGCGAGAGCGGAGCAAGUUGCUCCUCAGCGUUGCAGAGCAAGGGCCACCAGCGUGAUCCGUCACACCGGGGACAGUGCCGGUUACUCCCACCUUCCUCCUGUGCAAACAAAAGCGGAAGCUGCGUUGGGCGCCGGUGUUUCUGCAGACGGGCACGAGGCGCAAGACGAGAGACACCCUUCAGCCUUGCAAGACUGCGACAUUGCGGACAGCAUAGCUUGUGGCACUUCGCCAGGACGUGAACUGUAUUUGCAUGGCUCAGGUUGUUCCAGAGCCACCAGCAAAGGAUGCGAACCUGUGAGGCUUGCUUCGCAGCAGACCCCUUUCCCGAACGCUUGCGAAAGUGACCCGCAGCAGAAGUCCCCCUCGCUGCUAGCCUCCCCGCUCUCCAAUCCCCAAGUGAUCUGCCAAAUGAUCCCCUUGGACGGACAAAGAGGUAUGGUCCCAGGCUUUCUAAAGCCCUCUGCUCAGAUGGCAGCGACGGUCAAACCCAUCCUACCCCACACAGCCCCAGUUUCUCAGCCUGUGCUGAUGGGGCCUUCCAUGCCUCAGGGGACUGUUAUGUUGGUUCUUCCGCAGGCUGCUGUUGCCCAGGCGCCUCCUUGCCAACAAACUGUGAUGUCUGUUGGGAAUACCAAGUUGUUGCCCCUGGCCCCUGCUCCGGUUUUCAUUGCCUCUGGCCAAAGCAGCACACCUCUAAUUGACUUUUCCCGGAGAAGAAAUUACGUUUGCAACUUCCCGGGCUGCAGGAAGACGUACUUCAAAAGCUCUCACCUCAAAGCCCACCUGCGUACUCAUACCGGAGAGAAACCUUUCACCUGCAGCUGGGAAGGUUGUGACAAGAAGUUCGCCCGCUCCGAUGAACUCUCUCGCCACCGCAGAACUCACACAGGGGAGAAGAAGUUUGCCUGUCCGGUCUGUGACCGCCGCUUCAUGCGCAGCGAUCACCUGACGAAACACGCUCGCCGCCACAUGACGACAAAGAAAGUGCCCAGCUGGCAGACAGAAGUUGGCAAACUGAACAGAAUUGCAACCAUGGAGAAGCCUAAGAGUGAGACUCCUUUGAGCAUGCUUCUGCCUAUGCUGUCUUCUGGCUAGCAGGCCUGCUUUGGAAGAUGAACAUUUCAAGAGGAACUUGGGUGAUUUCCAAAAAACCAGCUUUGACUGUUUUGUUUGUUUUUUUUUUUGUUUUUUUGUUGUUGUAAAGUAUCCAAGAGUGGUUGCAUUUAUAUUGUGGAGCAGGAGGAGGAAAAUCCUGUAAAGACUUCUGCCCUCUCUUUUUCCUCCCCAUCCCUUCAUAUUAAGCCCUAUUUAAAUGUUAACGUUUUAUUUCUGUUAUCCUUUUGUUUUCCCCAAUGCUUUAAGGGCAUUCAACAGCACUUGGGGGGAGGAGGGAGAAUAUUUUUGGUGGGAAUGUUGGCAAUGGGCUUUGCAAACAUAUCUUUUCUGUUGAGUUAACAGUGGUUGAUGAAAAGUGAAACAGGGUGGUUCCCCCUCCCUCCCCUGGCAUUUUAAACUAGUCCCCCCCCCCCCAUCUAAUGAGUUCAGCUGUGGUCUGAUCUUGCAAAAUCACCCUGUGAGAAGAGUGAAAAGCAACAUCAGAGGUACCACUUGGAAAUUUAUUUAUUUAUUUCCUAAACGGAAUCCAAACUAAUUUGAAAUUUCAGAGUGUCUGAACUCCAGUCUAGCAACUGAAUCCACUUUAGGAUUAUCUGCUGUGCCACAUUUUAAAGCAGCGUCGUUCUUUCCCAAAUGUCUGAAUAUUGAGGCCUAGGUAUUGUUGAUGCCUAUAACUAGCUCAGGACCAAUUUAGGUGCAGCACUGACCAUGUGUGCCCCUGCUGGGAAGUUCUAACCUGUGCAGUAACUCCACAUGGUCAGCUGCACGCUCAAAAGGUUUUAACCCUAGACACCAAUCCAUAAUGCACACCCUCAGUCAGUUGUUGGUGUGUAAACACGUAUGGAUUAGUGGAUGUUGUACAUCGGCUACUUGACGCUCCUGUAUGUGUACGAUUGUACAGUGGCAGGGCUUCAUAUAUUCACCACUGCAUUCAAAUUUGCUUGUGUGAACAAAAUCCCACCUGUUGCUUCCCUGCUUGCAGUCUGCUGGUCUGACUUGAGUUGGGUAAGUUUGGUGGACCUUGUAUUUUGUGGCAAAGGAGUGACUUGCUAAAGUGCCCCCUACAUUUAUUAAUUGCAACGCGAGAAGUGACCUUUUAAUUUGAGUGCUGGUAACGUUUGGAAGGCUUGGGGGCAGCUUGUCUGUCGGUUGGGACGGUCCUGCCAAACCGCAAGGACUUCUGUAUAUCCAGUCUUCAGAACGGAAGAACUUUCGAAUCACAUUCCCUUCAGAGUGAAAGUUAAGCAUGUCCAUCAAUAUAUCCCUUAUGAGUUCAGUGGGGAAAAUAAGUGCCUAGCUUUGGAUUAUGCCCUUGAUCUCUUAAUAGUAAUGAGUAUAAGGACCCCUUAAGGGAAAUGCCCAAACCACAUUGAGCUAUUGUUUCUAAAUAAAGUUGGGGGAGGAUUUAUGAUUUGAAGUAAAGGCUGAAAAUGCAGUGCCCGCAUAACCAUUUUUAUAAUCAUCCAAGCAAACAUUUGAAAAUCUGAUCAAUGACACAACCACAACAGACAGCACCUUAAAUAAUUCUCACUUGAGUAGUUCAUAGGUAAAGAGAAUAAACAAGGCAACAGAAGCAAUUGGACAUUAAGGGUUCAGCACUCAAAUCGGCUCCUGUCUUGCCACUUUCAAAAUGAGCUGGAUUUAUAAUGGGAAAUUGCUGUCUGGCAAUGGAUGGUUCCAGAUCAGCAAGUCGUUUCUCACAAAAGUGACCUGAAUAUUCUUAGCUUUGGAGCAAAAGCGCUUUGUGGAGAUGUUAACUGCUGCUGUUGUGGUCUCCUUUUCCACAGCACAUUGGAUGAGUGAAAUGAAAGGACGGCUGAUGGAAGAGAACUAAAAUUAAGGGUGGACCUGCCAUUUCACAUGAUUUGCUCGAUUCUGUAUACAUAAUAUUUAAUCAAGCUGAGAUAAUUGUUCUAAUGAUGACGAGAAAGCAUGAUCAGAUGUGUAUGUAUAUAUGUGUGUGUGGAAUAAGUAAUAUCUGACACUUCAUUGGUAUCUGAAACUAGGUAGACCUCUCGCAGUUGGAAUUUCAACCUCAUCUCUUUAUUAUUCAGCCAAGAUUGCAGUGCAUUUGCCAAUUUGUGUUGGAGCCAUUGGAGAAUAUUUCCACAGAUGGUGGGAGUUUACUUGGAAAUACAUCUGGAGUAAGUAGCUUGAGAAAUGCAGUUCUAAAACACCUGUACCAAUGUACCCUCAGUUUCAACACAAUGCCUAGGGCAGGGAUAUGGUAUGUGUGGCCCUCCUGAUGUUGUUAGACUCCAGCUCCCAUCAGCCCCAACCAGCAUGACCAGUGGCCAGAGAUUAUUGGAGUUGCAGUCCAACAACAUCUGCAUGGCUGGCUUGGGCAGUACUGUUGAAUAGGUUGGCCAGGAUCUGCUUUUGUACCUCCGGCAGCAGCCUGAUCUGCAGAAAUCGAGAAAGUGAAACUCACCCUAGCACUUCAUUCACAUGCUAUGAAGAGCUUCAGCUGCUAAAUUUCUGCAAGUCAGGGGCAGGAUCUCUGCCAAGAAAAAAGGCUGGUUGGCAACUCUACCAGCAUCACAUCAUAUGUUGAGAGCCUGCAGAGCCACUGCAAUCAGUUUGCCCAUUUUAAGCAUUUAUCUACCUCCCUGUCCAUUAUUGACAACUAACGUUCAUGAAGUUGACCAUAACAGAAGCACCCAAUUCUCUUUUUUUAAAAAAAAUGUAGCCAUGGUCAUGGAUAUGGGAAUUAUGCAUUGAAAGAUUAUCAUCAAUUUAAACCAAUCUGACCUAUAUUCCCAAUUCAAGUAUAUUGGAAGCAGGCAGACUUUGAAAUUGAUGUUAAACCAAUGCUGUCGCAUUGCGUGAGCUACCAAGCCUAUUGCAGUUUCCAACGGUACAUUAUGGCUUGGCAGGUGAUUAAGUAGAUGGAAAAGAUAGGAAGUUUGCAGGAAGUUCUCCUAGGUGAGUGGACUGCAUUUGAUGGGUCACUAGUUCAGCACGCAUGGAAUGUUACCCAUACUGCACCUUACUGUAUUUGUGUGUUUGAUUUACUAUAAAUAAUAAACUUUAUUUCACGAGCCAGCAGAUCUGUGGCUCCUCUGAAACAUGUUAGAAGGUGCAAGAUGAGUAUAAAUAGGUUUCCCCCCCUUCACUUUAUGGUCACCUAAUUAAACAAAAAUGAAUAUUCUACACGUUCAGUGUUAAAAAAAGGAGCUGUUGAGAAGACAAGCUACAUGGCAGAAAUGCAGUGUAUAUAAAACCAAAAUGCAACAACUUGAUUCGUCUGGAAUCACUGUCUCUGCCCCUUUCUGACAAUAUGGAGAUGCAAUAGUCCAUUUUUCUCUGGUUUAAUUCCAUUGAAGUUCAUCAAAAGUUGCCAGAAGUCAAAAUAUUUCCCUUGUGCAAUUGCGAGGCUUUUCAAAAAGUUUCCUAAUUCUCUCCCCCCUCUCCCAUGCUGAUUAUUACCUGACUUAAGAUUAUGGGAAUUUAUGUUUGGUGUAGUAAAAUAUUGUGCCUAAUAUUUUAUAAACCUUGUUUUGUCUUUCUGUUCAUUUUAUUGUGGGAUUCCUGUAUUUGUGUGCAUAUGCAAAUAUUGUUUGUAUUCCUUCAAGGGCUGCAUUGUAAUCCCUCUUCUAGUAAAGUGAAUAUUUGCAUAGA